AUGGCGACGACCCAGCAGCAAGUACCCGACUCAAACGCGAGCUCCGGCAUCGACUCGGAGAAGCAGUCUAUCCAGUAUGUCGAGGACCGGGACAUGAAGAAUGAGCUCGAGGAGACGGGGUACAUCCGCACCUACGCCGACAUCGACGAGGGCUUCGACCCGAAGGAGGUCCGUCGCAUCGUCCGCAAGGUCGACCUGCACCUGAUCCCUAUCCUCGCCGCCAUGUACUGCAUCUCGCUCAUCGACCGCACCAACCUGUCCAUGGCGCGCUCGGCCAACGGCAAGCUCAUGAACAAGGAGCUGUCCCUCGACCAGGGCAACUACUACUCCGUCGCUACUAUGAUUUUCUUUAUUCCUUACAUCAUCCUGGAGAUCCCGUCCCAGCUCGGACUCAGGAAGUACGGCGUGCGCUGGUGGCUCGCGACCGCGGUCAUCCUGUGGGGUAUCGUCAUGAUGUGCAUGGGUUUCGUCAAGACGCCGCAGCAGCUCAUUGCCACUCGUGCCCUGCUCGGUAUCUUUGAGGCGUCCCUCUUCCCGGGUGCCGCUUUCCUCAUCGCGUGCUGGUACCCUCGCAAGUCCAUGGCCACCCGCAAUACUGCGUUCUACUUCACCUCGACUGCUAUCGGCGGUCUGUCGUCCAUUCUCGCCUGGGGCAUCUCGCAGAUGAAUGGCACCGCCAACAUGGCCGGCUGGCGCUGGAUCUUCAUCAUCGAAGGUCUCCUCACCAUCUGCAUCGGCGUCGUCGCAUACUUCUUCCUCCAGGACUUCCCUGACAAGGCCACGUUCCUGAACGAGCACGAGCGUCACGUCAUGGUCACCAGGAUCCAGCGCGACCGCGGAGACGCCACACCCGACCCCCUCACCCUCCGCAAGGCUCUCAACUACCUCAUCGACCCCAAGAUUUGGCUUUUCUCCAUCAUGUUCGCCGGAACGACGCUCGCUAGCUACUCCAUGGCGUUCUUCUUACCCACGAUCUUGCAGCAAAUGGGCUUCUCCAACGCGCUCUCGCAGAUCCUGUAUGCGCCCCCGAAGAUUUGGGGCAUUUUCCCCGGAAUUGCGAUCGCGUGGUGGAGCGACAAAACCCACCAGCGCGCUGCGGGCAUCGUCCUGAACGCCAUUCUUCUCAUCAUCGGAACCUGCAUGUUCUCGCAACUGGGCAACGACCAGAAGGUUGCGCGUUACGCGGGCACGUGGCUUGCAUUCGGAGGGGCGACAGGCAAUGUUCCGCUCAUUAUCGCCUGGGCUCAGACGUCGAUUCGAGAGCAGUCGAAACGCGGCUUCAACUCGGCGAUCCUUAUUGCCUUUGGUGGCGUCGGUGGAAUCCUCUCUGGAGUCCUCUUCAUUGAGUCUGAGGCUAAGGCUGGAUACCCCACGGGCAUCUGGAGCACUAUCGGAUUCAACGCCUUCGUAGCCGUGAUGGCUUUGGUGUUCAAGGUCUGGAUGACGAUUCAGAACCGCCGCGCGGACCGUGGCGAUGUGGUCCUGGAGGGCCACCCUGAAUUCCGCUACCAGGCGUAG